AAGUCGAGCCACGACGUCUGGCACCUGUGCAGCGGCUGGCACCUCCGAAAAGCGGGCCCUUUGCACCAUGCGCCAUGCUGUGUUGGUCGAUGAUGCGAGACGCGAGCUCGAGUAUCGCUGCGUGUGGCACCGCGCGAGAUUGGCAGGCGGCUCUCAAGGUGUACGAGGGACUGGAGUCCUCAGAUAUCGUCGUGGAGAAUGCCAUGAUCCAUGCGAUGGGGAAGGGCACACAAUGGCCAAAGGCUCUCGAGCUUUUCCAUCAUCUUCAGCAGCGGACUUUGGAGAUCACCAUGGUGACCUGUGGUGCAAGCAUCAAAGCUUGUGCUUUAGGACAUCGCUGGGAGGAGGCACUCAGCAUCUUCCAUUCGAUCGCCUGGAAGCGAUUGGACACCUCGAUCAUAGCAGCCAAUGCUGUCUUGGGUGCGCUCGCCCGGGCGAAGCGCUGGGCAGAGGCCAUGGUGCUGCUGCGGGAGUUGGGAGACGAGGCGAACUCAGUCACGCUUCGUGCAGCCCUAAGUGCUUGCAGUGACCAUUCGCAGCGUUUGUGGCCCCUGGGGCUGGAAAUCCUGUGCAAUGCUGGGUCACAUGCUGUCUCGAGCUCCGUGGCAAUGCUUCCGUUGCAAUCCUGUGAGAGAGCUUCCCAGUGGAAAGAGGUGGUGCAGCUCUUGCGCUUCAUGCGUUUGCAAAGUCUGGAGGCCUCAGAAGAAGCAUUCACCUCAGGAUCCGCGGCAAUCGCAAGCUUCUCUGAGAGGAAACAGUGGGAAAUGGCCAUCCACUGCCUGCAGCCCGCUCUGCCCGCGCUGCGGCAUGGCGCUGUAAGCCAUACCAGUCGCUCCAGUUUGUCAGCCUUGCUCCAGAGCUGCGCGAACGGCCCCGACUGCUGGAGGCUCGCGCUGGGCGAGGCGUUCCUCCCGGUGGUACCACGGAGCGCUUUGAGGGUGACCACGAAGAAAGGAUGGGCUUUGGCCAUAGCAUGCUGCAAGAGCCUCUGUCAGUCCGCGGUGCAGUUGAGCAACAUCGAAAUCACCGCUUUACUCAGUUCCACCAGAAGCUCUUGGGAACUUCAAGGGUCUUUGCUGAGCGCUUUGCGUGUGUGUUCCCCGCUACGCCUAGCGGACUUGGGUGCCUUGCAGAGCGCUUUGGCACAGCGGAAGGCCUGGCAGAAGAGCUUGCACUUGGAAUGCUUGGCAGAGGCGGAUAACGUGCAGAGCGACGACUUUGUGCUCGGUUGCAUGUCUUCGGCCAUGAGCGUUGGGCCAUGGCAUUUGGCCCUGCAGUUCCUGCGGCGAGUUGGAGCCCAGAAGGAGACACUUUCAUCUUUUGCAACCAAUGGCUUUUGGCGAAUGGCAGCGACCUUCCUGUCCGAAGCCAUGCAUGUCGGGUUACGAAUUAGCGCACUUGCGCACAGCCUUUUGGUCAGCGCUUGUGAGAAGCGUGGUGCUUGGGAAUGGUCACUUCGCUUCUGUUCUGGACGCUUGGGGACGCUGUCUGGGACGUACAACUCGGUGAUGAGUGCCAGUGAGAAGUCGACUUACUGGCCAGUGAGCCUACAGCUCUUGGGUGAACUGCGGGCGAAGGAGGUGGAGCCAAGCAGCGUGAAUUUUUGCACAGCCAUCAGUGCCACGGAUCGUGGUGAGCGGCCGGAUUUGGGCCUUGCAGUACUUUGGGAGUCCCUUUGGUUGCCGCUGGACUUGAAAAUCAGCAUGUUGCCAUGGUCCCUGGCACGGCUUGGCAUCAGUGAUCCUGCCUGGCUGCAUCUGGCGUGUGUGGAGCUUCUGGAGAAGCGAGGAACUCUUAGCACUGUGAGCAGCAAGGAACUUUCAAAUGUAGCUUGGUCCUUGGGAAUGUCGGCGGUGCUCCUUCCGGCUGUCCAAGGUCCUUUGGCGCGGGAAGCCGUGGCACGGCUGCGACGGACGGGUGAAGAUCGGCCGCGUUUGAGCCUGGACGACUUGGUGAACACAGCGUGGGGCUUCAGCAGCGCUCCGGAUCCUGCCACCUGGGCCUAGUGGGGAUGGGGCACUGCCUGGCACAGGUGAAAAGACUGAAAUGACCACAUAGAAGAAAGACCGCAAGGCAAGUUGGAGAAAAUCAAGAGCGACAUCCCAACAUUGACUUGCCACAGACUGUGUGCACCAUUCGGCC